AUGGGAUCUCCGAUUUCCAAUAUUCUCCUUUUCUUGUGCGUAUCGGUGUACGCGGAGUACGAAAACAAAUUGAUCAUUGAUUUGAAUAACCCACCACCGUCGAGGCGGAAUUCGAGAGGCCCGGUUCGCGAUGAUGCUGGCGUUCUGAAUGAGGUAACGAUUUGUGUUAGCACUUUCACUUUCAUGUCCAUAUCGAGUGAUUAGCAUGCUUUUUUAAAUGUCAUACGAAAGGACUGCCAUUUUCGACCUACUCCUCCCAUAAUUUUUGGCAAUACAAGAUGUUGGGUCAACGACAGUUCGGGUUGACGAUCCUUUAGGUUCCAGGAAGGCUAGGAGAAGGCCCAGUAAAUAGAAAAAUAAAAGGACGUGCUUUUCGGUGCCCGCAAAUGGACUUUUCGAUGCCCGCAAAUUUUCGCGGUUCGCGACCGCAAAUUAAAUCGAAAUCUGCCCGCACUUUUUCUGCCCGCAAAUUAUAAAAAGGUUAUGAAACACCUGGAAUAUGGAUAAUUAGUCAAAUAUUUGUAUAAAUACGGUGUAAUUAAUAAAUUUACAUAUGUAAAAAUGCAUUUGACAAAAAAAGCUUUUGAGAAGUGUCUCUGAUCCGUGUUUUUUGGGAUAAAAUUUCAAAUCACGAAAUGGUAUCAUGUUUUUGGACAAAGCUGAUGAAUAUGGAGUCCAAAUCAAGUUGUUAUAAAGGCUGAACAAAACUUUUUUUGUCUAAACGAACUUUUCGAUGCCCGCAGAUCGGAAAUUCGGGUCCUCAGGCAUUACCAAUGCAAAAAUCUUCAUUUUUAUCUUCCAUAAGUCACAUUAUGACACUUUUCACGACCAGUGACACCUAUUUUUCAGUAGAAAAGUUCAAAUUUAAAUUUGCGGGCAAAAAAAGUUUGAAAACUUUUGGAUGCCCGCAAAUCAGAAAAUGCUCCAAAACCUUUUGUAAGCCACCGUAGUGAAAAAAAUUGAUUACUACGACAAGAUUAGGCACUAUGAUCAUUUUGUGGCAAUUGAGGCCGAUUUGUUUGCAGGAAAACGGAUUUUUGACAGAAAAAAUAUUUGCGGGCAAAAAAAGUUCUAAAAAUUUUUGAAUGCCCGCAAAUCUGAAAAAAGCUUCUAAAUCAAUCGAAAGUAGUUGUGAUGGAAAAACGAGUUCCAUAAGUCACAUUACGACACUUUUUACGGCCAGUGACACCGAUUUUUCUGUAGAAAAAUCCAAAUUAAAAUUUGCGGGCAAAAAAAGUUUGAAAACUUUUGGAUGCCCGCAAAUCAGAAAAUGCUCCAAAACCUUUCGUAAGCCACCGUAAUGAAAAAACCUUGGUUGCUAUGUAAAGACUAGACGUUAUGAUCGUUCCGACGGCAAUUGGGGCCGAUUUGUUUGCAGGAAAACGGUUUCUGGCAGAAAAAAUAUUUGCGGGCAAAAAAAGUUCUAAAAAUUUUUGGAUGCCCGCAAAUCAAAAAAGGCUUCCAAAUCAAUCAAAACUUGUUGUCUUGGGUAAAACUGGGUUAAUAACGCUACUAUGACAAGUUUUAUGACCAUUGGCACCGAUUCUUUGGUUGAAAAGUUCAAAUUUAAAUUUGCGGGCAAAAAAAGUUUCAAAAAUUUUUGAAUGCCCGCAAAUCAAAAAAAGCUUCCAAAUCAAUCAAAACUUGUUGUCAUGGGUAAGAUUGGGCUUAUAAUGUCAUUCUCACACUUCUUGCGACCAUCCGCACCGAUGUUUCGAUGGAAAAAUGCAAAUUAAAAUUUGCGGGCAAAAAAAGUUCCAAAAAUUUUUUAAUGCCCGCAAAUCAAAAAAGGCUUCCAAAUCAAUCAAAACUUGUUGUCUUGGGUAAAACUGGGUUAAUAACGCUACUAUGACAAGUUUUAUGACCAUUGGCACCGAUUCUUUGGUUGAAAAGUUCAAAUUUAAAUUUGCGGGCAAAAAAAGUUUCAAAAAUUUUCGAAUGCCCGCAAAUCAAAAAAGGCUUCCAAAUCAAUCAAAACUUGUUCCCAUGGAGUCAUAGCAUCUUUAUUUUACAUUGGAAGAAGUUGAGUUGUCACUUAAAGGUUUGUUAUUAUGAAUUUUUUCUCAUUUUUGGGAUAAAGCGCCGCUUCCUGCAGCGCGCCGAGGUCUUCCGGGUGGGUUUCCAGUAAACCUGAUGGUCCGAUCCUUUUCUUGUUCAGUGAAGUCAUGGAGUCCUUCUUUUUUUGCAAUAAAGACUGCGUGCUUACAUUGAGUCGCCGAUUUUUGCCCAACGGGGCAAGAACACGAAUAAUACGUACCACAUUUUCGAAGCAUGUAAAAUGAUCCUUUUAAGGCUUUGUAGGACUCAAGAGAAUUAAAAUUGGCUUGUUUUAAAUCGUUGAAAUUUUUCAGAAGAUCAACGCUUUCAUCGGCAGUUGAUGACUGAAUCAAGUAAUACCGUCCUAUAUUUUAGGUUUUAGUCUUGUGGCCUUGCUUACCUGACUUGAACUUCAGGUACUUCAAAAAAUUGGGAUCCGCUCGCGAAUUCACAUGCAUAACGAAUGCUUUUCUUGCAGCUGACAGAUCCACUGCAGGUUUUUCAGGAAGGUUUCUCUCGACCUCAAGAGAUCUCGAUACUAGUUCGUCUCUUAACAACGGCACCAUAUAUUAUUAACCCAAUUUUACAAAAGACAACAAGUUUUAAUUGAUUUGGAAGCUUUUUUAGAUUUGCGGACACUCAAAAAUUUUUGGAACUUUUUUUGCCCGCAAAUUUUAAUUUGCAUUUUUCCAUCGAAACAUCGGUGCGGAUGGUCGCAAGAAGUGUGAGAAUGACAUUAUAAGCCCAAUUUUACCCAUGACAACAAGUUUUGAUUGAUUUGGAAGCUUUUUUUGAUUUGCGGGCAUUCAAAAAUUUUUGAAACUUUUUUUGCCCGCAAAUUUAAAUUUGAACUUUUCAACCAAAGAAUCGGUGCCAAUGGUCAUAAAACUUGUCAUAGUAGCGUUAUUAACCCAGUUUUACCCAAGACAACAAGUUUUGAUUGAUUUGGAAGCCUUUUUUGAUUUGCGGGCAUCCAAAAAUUUUUAGAACUUUUUUUGCCCGCAAAUAUUUUUUCUGCCAGAAACCGUUUUCCUGCAAACAAAUCGGCCCCAAUUGCCGUCGGAACGAUCAUAACGUCUAGUCUUUACAUAGCAACCAAGGUUUUUUCAUUACGGUGGCUUACGAAAGGUUUUGGAGCAUUUUCUGAUUUGCGGGCAUCCAAAAGUUUUCAAACUUUUUUUGCCCGCAAAUUUUAAUUUGGAUUUUUCUACAGAAAAAUCGGUGUCACUGGCCGUAAAAAGUGUCGUAAUGUGACUUAUGGAACUCGUUUUUCCAUCACAACUACUUUCGAUUGAUUUAGAAGCUUUUUUCAGAUUUGCGGGCAUUCAAAAAUUUUUAGAACUUUUUUUGCCCGCAAAUAUUUUUUCUGCCAAAAAACCGUUUUCCAGCUAACAGAUCGGCCUCAAUUGCCGUCGAAACGAUCACAGCGCCUAAUCUUGAAAUUUUAACAAAGGUUUUUUCAUUACAGUGACUCACGAAAGAUUUUAGAGCAUUUUUUUUAUUUGCGGGCAUCCAAAAGUUUUCAAACUUUUUUGCCCGCAAAGCUGAAAUUCAAAUUUUCUACCUGUAGAUGUGCAGCAAUUGUCUCGUGGCAGCUUGACAUUACUCAAAAAAUGAUAACAAUGAAGAUUUUUACAUUCGUAACGUCUGAGGACCCGAUUUUCCGAUCUGCGGGCAUCGAAAAGUUCGUUAAAUCAAAAAAAAGUUUUGUUCAGCCUUCAUAAUAACUUGGUUUGGACUCCAUAUUCAUCAGCUUUGUCCAAAAACAUGAUAUCAUGCCGUGAUUUGGAAUUUUAUUUCAGAUAACAUGCGUCUGAGACACUUCUCAAAAAAAAUUUUGUUAAAUACACUUUUGCAUAUGUAAAUUUAUUAAUUCCACCGGAUUUAUACAAAUAUUUCACUAAUCAACCAUGUUUCAGGCGUUUUAUAACAUUUUUAUAAUUUGCGGGCAGAAAAAGUGCGGGCAGAUUUCGAUUUAAUUUGCGGUCGCGAACCGCGAAAAUUUGCGGGCAUCGAAAAGUCCAUUUGCGGGCGAAAAAAAAUUCCUCCAAAAUAAAAUGUCUAUAAGGUAGUUUAUCAGCUGCAUAUUUUGGGCACUUUACAUGUAUUACUGCAAUAAUCUCCAAGAGAAGAUUACGGAUAUUCGUUUUUCAAGCAAUGUCCUUUUAUGUAACAAUAUCUCAGGGUGAAAAAAAAUUACAGUGGAUGACCUGACCCAAUUUCAAAAAAAGUACCAUUUUGCUUCUGGAAAGUAUCAAAAAAUGUAUUUAGAAAACUAUUACCUCUCUCCCCAAGUGAAAAAACUCCGAUCUCAAAAGCGCGCCCGCACUUUCAGUGAGAUAAAGGCCGCGCGCGGCCUUUGCGCGGCCGCGCCCUUCAAAACAAAGUUUUUUUCACUUGGAGAGGGAAGCAUUUUGCCACAUUAUUUGAUACUUCCCGGAUACAAAGUGGUACGUCAGAUCCGGCACUGUAUACUUAUAAGGUUAGCAAUUGCUAAAAUUAGAAAAGUUGGUCGUAUACCAUGUCAUCGUUAACAUUCCGCCGAACCUUCGCAAACAAUCCGCCAAGCAUCCAACAAUUUUCCAGGCCUACUUGGCUGAAUAUUUAUCCAAAAUUUUAAUGAAAUCUGUCCAUAUCACCUUAAGAAAUUCUGUUCUGUGUACAUCUUAUCACUACUCCUAGAUAUUUUUGUCUUUUCAGGUAAAAGAAAUUGUAUUCCGAAUGGAGCACGUCUUCAACGAGCGGAUAAAGAAUCUUUCUGAUGUAAGCCAAUUUUUUUGUUGUAUUGGCACUUGUCUACGCAAAUUUUCAAUUUUCAGCGGGUGAGUCGGCUAGAAAACCGGCAAAUUCUGCACGAUGGUGACCCGCAUAUUGACUGGAAACCGUUAGGAACGAAUGGAAAGAAGAUCAAAGUAUUUUCAACGGAAGCCACUUGGUCGGACGCUAAGAGGACGUGCACGAGCUAUGGGGGGAAAUUACUUGAGAUCCAGUCGGAUAAUGAGAAUCGGAAAAUAACAGGUAGUUUUUUCUUAAUAUUUUCAAUAUAUUUUUUUGUGGAAAGGUUUUAAUUUUUUCCUGGUAGGGAAGUAUCAGUACCCCAAGGGCGGCGCUCAGAUUUUCUUUAAAUUUUGCGCACACUUUGGACAUAAGCCACAUACCAAUUUUUAAAAUUUUUAGCUCAUGGUUUGCAGUGGCCGCCAAAACAUUCAACGAUUUUUGCGGCCGAGAGAGUAUGCGAAACGCGGAGUUCGGGCAGAGAAAAAAAAUUUUUUGGCCAUAACUUUGCCAAUCAGAAAAAAUUUUUUUCUCUGGAAACGCUACGUUCUGCAGUACAGAAAUAGAUAUGAAAUUUUUCAUGUCAAGAUUUGUAAAAAAGUGUCUAACGUUUGCCAACUUUAGACCUAAAAAUCUUAGUUGUCUCUGCAAAGCAAGGCCUAGGAGGCCCGCAAAAGUCUUAGAAAACAAUGUUCUGACUUUAUGCCAAGUAUCAUCAAAAUAAGGGUGUCGCACUUGGGCUAAUACCCUUAUAAAUUGAUCGAUUACUUGGCCUUUUCUUAAAAUUCUUAAUAUGCCAUUGGUCAAAUUACCGGUCUUAUUGCCUGGCGAUCAGAUCAGUGGGCCAAAUUUUUGAGAUAACCAGUCAGAUUAGCCCUAUUAUGGCCAGAUACAGCGUAUCACCAGUCGGAUUUCUUAAUAUAAUAUUACCAGGCAGACUGGUAAAGCUGCCGGCCAGACUGGGCACGGCCAAAUCGGAAAACUAAUUGAUCACGUUGGCGAACUGACUGGUUAUUUGGCCCAAUUGACCGGCCAGAUUCUCCAAAUAACCGAUCAAAUUUCAAUUCCAGUGCCUCUAAUUAACAAAAAAUUAAGUCAAAUCUCCAUUCAGACUACCUCCAAAACUUUGAGACCAAUUUGUUCUGGAUCGACGCCCAGGUCUCUGUUUCGGUCCGUCUGCCGGCCGGUCGAUACCAAAACUUCCAAAACAAUCGAACAGAGAAAGACUGCACCGCGUUGAACGUGCUGGGCAAAUGGGUUCGGAUGGACUGCACGGAGCGGCAUGGAUUCGUUUGCCAGUUUUAG